AGCGCUGGGGGAGCGGGCUGGCGGGCAGAACUCCAUAUGCAGCAGCCACUUUCCUGAGCCGGGCUCCCUCCCUCCCUCUCUCCCUGGCUUUCUCUCUCUCCCCCCCCUUGUCGUUACCCAGCUCCUUCUCCCCUCUCCCCAUGCCCUUCUCGUCCUGAGUAGUUUGCUGAGCGGAUCCGCCCUUGUGGUGCUGGCCGGGGUGCAUGGGGGGCCAGUAGGACAAGUCUCAUUCUCCGCACAGCUUCCCAGAGCCAUCCGGGGAGAGGGAACACGAAAGCAGCAGCAGGAGCAGCAGAAGCGCCAGGGCCGGUCACCCUCGCCCCCUCCCUGCUCCUGUGCACGCCCGUGCAAGCCAUGUCCUAUCCUCAGGGUUACCUCUACCAGCCCCCCGGUUCGCUGGCUCUGUACUCCUGCCCGACGUACGGGGCGUCGGCUCUGGCGGCCCCCAGGAGCGAAGAGCUGGCCAGGUCUUCGUCCGGUUCGGCGUUCAGCCCUUACCCGGGAUCGGCAGCUUUCACAGCCCAGGCGGCGGCCACAGGCUUCACCAGCCCGCUCCAGUACUCCACAGACCCCGCCACGGGAUUCCCUUCCUACAUGGGCUCUCCUUACGAUGCUCAUACGACGGGGAUGACCGGGGCUAUCAGUUACCAUCCGUAUGGCAGUCCUGCUUACUCUUACCAGCUGAAUGAUCCCGCUUACAGGAAAAACGCCACCCGAGAUGCAACCGCCACCCUGAAGGCCUGGCUAAAUGAGCACAGGAAGAACCCCUACCCCACUAAGGGCGAGAAGAUCAUGCUGGCCAUCAUCACCAAGAUGACCCUCACCCAGGUUUCCACCUGGUUCGCCAACGCCAGGAGGAGGCUCAAGAAGGAGAACAAGAUGACUUGGGCUCCCCGCAACAAAAGCGAAGAUGAAGAUGAAGACGAAGGAGAUGCGGCAAGAAGUAAGGAGGAAAGUUCGGACAAGGUGCAGGAAAGCAAUGAAACUUCAGCAGAGGACGAAGGGAUCAGCUUGCAGGUUGACUCGCUCACGGAUCACUCCUGCUCCGCGGAGUCUGAUGGGGAGAAGUUGCCCUGCCGAGUAGGGGACACGCUCUGCGAGUCCGGAUCAGACUGCAAGGACAAAUACGAGGACAUCGAGGACGACGAGGAUGAAGAUGAUGAAGCAGAGAGAGACCUUCCCGCUAAGUCUGUGACUUCCUCCCCCCUCACCGGAGUGGAAGCCCCCCUCCUUAAUCACCCUCACGAGGACGCUUCAAGGAACUCCAAUAAAACUACUUUGGACAACAGGAUUUCCGAGACACAGACCAUUAAGCCCAAGCUCUGGUCUCUAGCUGAAAUAGCCACCUCGGACCUUAAAAAUCAGAACGUGGGCCAAAGCUGUCAGCCACCGGCGUUAUCUUCAGUAACCCCCUCUUCUACUUCGCACAGCUCCGCCUACUCUCCCUCUUCUCUCUUAGGAAGGCACAUUUAUUACACUUCACCUUUUUAUACCAAUUAUACAAACUAUGGGAACUUUAACGCACUCCAGAGCCAGGGGAUCCUGAGAUAUAACUCCGCAGCAAUGGCUUCGAACGAGGGACUAAGUCAGACUGUACUAAAUACAAGCUCUGUUCACAAACAGAGCACUGACUCUUUGAAAACGAUCACUAACCAGCUAGAACAACAUUACAGGCCCUCUAGUUAUGAGUCUAAGAAAGAUCCCACUGACGUCUGCACAGUAGGAGUACAACCAUACCUAUAGAAGUGCAAUCACACAGCAAUGCAAUCCACAGGUAGGUGUCACAAUUGCUUUGAAAAAAGUGUGCAAGCCAUCAUCUCUCCCCGAGCUAAUAUAUAGAACAAAUCUCUAAAUCCGGAUCACAUCUUGUGCCACUGUAUAAAGGAAGACCACAGAGCACUAUUAAAUCUACAGACUCUAAUUAUUAACCCAGAAUUUUGUUGGACAUACGUGAGUUUGCUGGUAUAGUAUAGUUUCCCCAAUGUAUGUGUUACUUUUGAAAACAGAUCUGUUUUUCUCAGGAUAUCUUGAAUUGAUCACUUCAUUGCCACGGUAUAUAUUCGAUAGGUGUGAUAGGAUUUAUUGUAAAAUUUAUUUGUAAAAGAUGUAUACAGUAGAGAUAACAAAGAUGUGAUUGGAGAACUUGAGUACUUACAAAGAGGAAACAAAUUUGAUAUUUAUUUUUGUAAUGAUAUAAAAGCUUCUAGUAAUUUAUGCAAGUUGUAUUGCAAUGAAAUUGGAAGUUUUGUAAAUAAAUUUUGCCUGGUUUUUAU